AUGCUGGCCCCAUGGGUCGCGUUGCUUCUUCACGGCGUGAUGGCUGGCUUCGACUCAUGGUCCCUGGUCCUACUCCAGGAUGCCGCGGCUGAAGGGGCAGUUUGCCUGGAUGGUUCCCCGGCGGGGUACUUCUUUGAGCCCGGCUCUGGUACAGGUCUCCAGAAGUGGAUCAUGCACUUUCAAGGCGGAGGUUGGUGCACCAGUCUCGAGUCGUGCUACGGUCGGUCGCAGACUCCAUCGGGGAGCAGCACCACCUGGGAAGCUCAGAAAGAGACUCUCUUAAGCGACUUUGCCCAAGGCUACAUGUCAAGCAAGGCUGACAUCAAUCCGGACAUGUACAAUUGGAAUAAGGUCUGGGCUCUCUAUUGCGAUGGCGGCAGUCGGGCAGGCAAUGUCGAUGGCCCGGUUGCAGUUGGUGAUGAUGGCGGCCAGGUCUAUUUCAGGGGUGCGCACAUCCUCAAUGCCACUUUGGACAGCCUGGCCUCAGCUGGGCUGACAGGAGCCCAGGUUUUCGUCGUAACGGGUGAAUCUGCUGGUGGUCUCAGUGCCAUGCUUCACAUGGACUUCAUCCGCUCACGCUUCCCUGGUGUGAAUGUGGUGGGCAUGAACUACUGCGGCUUCUUUGUCGACCUCCCGGACGUAGCAGGCACGCAUGGGCAGGCUGCGCUUUGGGAGUGGGCUUUCGGGGCGAUGGACAUGAGACAGUCCCCGUCCUUGAGCGCCGAUUGCUUCGAGGCAUACGCAUCUGAGCCAUGGCGCUGCUUCUUGGCACCACACCUCUUGCCCUUCGUGCGCACACCGCUCUUCGUGCUCCACUCGCUGUAUGACUCUUGGCAAAUGACGCAGACGCUUCAGAUACCAACAGGCUGUGCGUUCGAAGGCAGCUGCACCCAACAGGAACGUGCUGCGCAGCAAGCACUGCAUGAUGCCGUUUUGGGCAACCUGUCCACCCUGCAGGCUCCUUCGUCCUACUUCCUGCACAGCUGUGUUGGACACUGCGAGGUUGGACUCAACGACUUCGGUUGGACGGGGCUCGUCGUGAAAGGAACCAGCCUCCGCGAUGCUUUCGCAUCCUGGCUCCAGAAUCAAAGUGCUUUCCUCUCCGAAACCGACGCGGGCCCCAAUGCCAACCCCACCUGCCAGGUGCUGUUUGUAGAGCCUCAAGGCCCAGACCCCGUGCCCUUGAUCAGCUCGGGCCAAUAUGCAGUGCUUGGCCAAGCCGUGAACGCGGGCUCCACAGAUCCGGAGAUACGAGAGUUCAUGGAGUUCGUCCACGACCCCACCAAUUACAAUCUGGGUCAGGAUGGCCACGUCUUUUUCUUGACGAGCGGAAAGGGCGUGGCACCCUGCGGCUGGGAGCCUGAUGACUGGGAGUUUAAGUCGGCCCUGGGCGUCGCAAGCUUCUUCGCGGACGCGUCCACAGAAAACCAGUUUGGCGCGAACACGCAGUCACCUUUCGGGCUGAACGGUCCCGUGGCCAACAACGCAAACUGGCCACGCUUUGCGCGGUGCGACUGGCAGAACGGAGCGCAUGCCACAGGCUCCUUUGAUGCUCCGGGGCUGAAGUGCAGGACCUCUCCGACCUUCACCUCCACGAAGAAUGCGAACAAGUACCACUGCGUAAUGUACUUCUCCGUCUACAUGCUGAAAGGCAGUGGAGCAGAGAUGGGUGCAGCGUGCAUUGGCCGGGCGGUGGGAAACGGGAACAGGGAUGAGACCUGGGUGCCUGACGACAAGCCGGUGACCUGCAGCAACCUGAUCUUGGACGACGACGGCAUGCCAACCACCCCAAUCUAUGCAACCGAGCAGGAGUGGGCUGCUGAGACGACACAGGCCUUGGGCAUCGACCCUGAUGUCUUCGAAGGUUUUGAUGGAAAACUUUACAUGGUCUGGGGCUCCCACAUGCCUGGCGGAGCCCAGGUCGUGCUUCUCGACGACAAUGGUUUCGUGUCUCCUAACACGAUCGGGAGAAGUUCUGUGACCCACAAUUCUGCUGUUGCAGAGGCCUACAAGAUCGUUGCCACCUGCUACUCGGACCCCAAUGAUCCUGAAUUUCCAAAUGCUCGCACUGGCGAGGCGCCAGCUGUCCUACCCAAAGAAUGCGGCGGGACUCAGUAUUACUACUUGUUCUGGACUUGGGGAAAGUGCUGUAAUGGCCUGGCUUCCACAUACGAGACAGUCAUGGGGCGAUCAACCAACCCCUUCGGACCAUACGUGGACAAAAACGGCAAGGACAUGGCGGUUAUUGACAGCUCUACACAAAACCCGGGGGGCUCCUAUUUCCUGCGAUCUGCCUUGAACGUUUCCGCGAGUGACAAGUCUGCGAUCGGUAGCCGCUACAUCGGACCUGGGCAUGUGGCAUUCUUUGAAUAUCCGGAUGCUGCUGGUGAGAAGGUGAUGAUUGUGACCUUUCACUUCUACGAUGCAGAACAACAAGGCACAGCCUUGCUCGGAGCACGAAGGGUCUUUUUCGACAGCACCUGCUGGCCUUACGUGGACGGCCAGACGUGGGAAGUCUCCGAGCUCUACCCACAUGCCUCCACCUCUCCGGCAACGGAGUCGACCAUUUCUAGUACGAGUGUGAACCCAGAGGGCACUUCUGCCGCGACCAGAACAAUAAGUUCCGAGUCCGCGCGCAUGAUUCUCCACGCUCUGAAUUUUCUCUUAGUCUUAGCCUUAUCUUGGGACUAG